AUGUGUCGCCGCGAUGCUGAUGCCAUGGGUGCCAACCUCGACAUUGCCAAAGGUCGUGAGGUCCUGCCCAAGAACGUCAAGCCUCUCCACUACCACCUGACCCUGGAGCCCAACCUCGAGACCUUCGAAUAUGAAGGCAAGGUCGUCAUUGAUCUCGAUGUUGUCGAGGACACCACCUCCAUCUCGCUGAACACAAUCGACAUUGACAUCAAGUCCACCGAGGUCCACUCUGGCUCGAAGCUCAUCGCCUCAUCGCCUAAGCUCACCUACGAUGAGAACACUCAAACUACCACCGUCUCGUUCCCCGACACCAUCCCCGCCGGCCACAAGGCUACUCUUACACAGACCUUCAAGGGUACCCUCAACGCCAACAUGGCUGGUUUCUACCGUUCGAGCUACAAGGGCGAGGACGGUAGCGACAAGUACAUCGCCACUACUCAGAUGGAACCUACCGAUGCUCGCAGAGCUUUCCCCUGUUUCGAUGAGCCUGCCCUCAAGGCCGAGUUCACCAUCACCCUGAUCGCCGACAAGAAGUUGACUUGCUUGAGCAACAUGGACGUCGCCAACGAGAAGGAUGUUCACGAUGGAAAGAAGGCUGUUACGUUCAACAAGAGUCCCUUGAUGUCAACCUACCUUCUGGCUUUCAUUGUCGGUGAGCUCAACAUGAUCGAGACCGACGCCUUCAGACUUCCUGUCCGUGUAUUCGCAACUCCUGACAAGGAUAUCGAGCAUGGUCGAUUCUCUCUGGAACUCGCUGCCAAGACCCUCGAAUUCUACGAGACCAAGUUCAACAGCAAGUUCCCUCUCCCAAAGAUGGACAUGGUAGCUAUUCCAGACUUCAGCGCUGGCGCCAUGGAGAACUGGGGUCUGGUCACAUACCGUGUCGUUGACCUCUUGUUUGACGAGAAGACCAGCGGUGCCUCUACCAAGCAAAGAGUUGCCGAGGUUGUGCAGCACGAGCUUGCUCACCAGUGGUUCGGCAAUCUUGUUACAAUGGACUUCUGGGAUGGUCUUUGGUUGAACGAGGGUUUCGCUACAUGGAUGUCUUGGUACUCUUGCAACGAGUUUUACCCUGAGUGGAAGGUGUGGCAGGGCUAUGUCACCGACAACCUUCAAAGUGCUCUGGCUUUGGACUCUUUGAGAAGCUCUCACCCUAUCGAGGUCCCUGUCAAGCGUGCAGACGAGAUCAACCAGAUCUUCGAUGCCAUCUCAUACUCCAAGGGAUCUUGUGUCCUUCGUAUGGUUUCCAAGUACCUUGGUGAGGAGACUUUCAUGGAGGGUGUCAGACGCUACCUUAAAAAGCACGCCUUUGGAAACACCCAGACAAACGACCUCUGGGCUGCUUUGGCUGAUGCCAGUGGAAAGGAUGUUGAGAAGAUUAUGGACAUCUGGACCAAGAACGUUGGUUUCCCUGUUGUCAGCGUGACUGAAGAUGCUGAGAACAACUCGGUCCACGUCAAGCAAAACAGAUUCCUGCGUACCGCAGAUGUUAAGCCCGAGGAGGAUCAGGUCCUCUACCCUGUGUUCCUUGGCCUCCGCUCAAAGGACGGUGUCGAUGAGGAACUCACACUUGACGGCCGUGAGAGAAGCUUCAAGGUCAAGGAUCUUGACUUUUAUAAGAUCAACGCCGACCACUCUGGUAUCUACAGAACUUCAUACUCGCCUGAGCGUCUUCAGAAGCUCGGAGAGGCUGCCAAGAAGGGUCUUCUCACUGUUGAGGACAGAGCUGGUAUGAUUGCCGAUGCUGGUGCUCUUGCCGCAUCUGGCUACCAGAAGACAUCCGGUGUCCUUUCUCUGCUCCAGGGCUUCGACACUGAGCCCGAAUUCGUUGUUUGGGACGAGCUUACUGCUCGUAUCGCCUCGGUACGUGCAGCUUGGGUCUUCCAGGACGACAAGGUCAAGGACGCACUCAAGGCCUUCCAGCGUGACUUGGUUAGCAAGAAGUCGCACGAGCUUGGCUGGGAUUUCAAGGAGAGCGACGGUCACAUUGAGCAGCAGUUCAAGUCACUCUUGUUCAGCAGCGCAGCGCUCGCUGGCGAUGAGACGACCAAGGCGGCUGCACUCGAGAUGUUCGAGAAGUUCAAGAACGGAGACAGAUCUGCAAUCCACCCUAACUUGCGUGCCGGUGUGUACGCUGUUGCCCUUCAAAAUGGAGGCGAGGCCGAGUAUGAUGCCAUCUUGAACGAGUACAGAACUGCCAAGGUCGCCGAUGAACGUAACACAGCGCUGCGCUCCAUCGGACGUGCCAGACAGCCCGAGCUCAUCAAGCGUACUCUCGCCAUGGCAUUGAGCAAGGAGGUCAAGGAUCAAGACAUCUACCUCCCUCUCGGUGGACUGCGUUCGCACAAGGAAGGUAUUCUGGCCUUGUGGGACUGGGUCAAGGUGAACUGGGACACUAUCUACAAGAAGCUUCCUCCCGGUCUCAGCAUGCUCGGCAGUGUCGUCAGCCUGUGCACAAGCAGCUUCACAAGCGAGAAGCAGAUCCAGGAGAUCGAUGCUUUCUUCAAGGAGCGCAGCACCAAGGGCUUCGACCAAAGUUUGGCACAGAGCUUCGAUGCUAUUAGAGCCAAGGAGGGAUGGUUGAAGAGAGACGCCGACGAUGUAGAGGCAUGGCUCAAGGCCAAGAAGUACCUGUGA